AACUUAAAUCUGAUUUGACGGUGGGGCGAACGAAGAACCGACGAAUAAUCUGAAGAAAACGCGAUGUCGUCAGCUUCGGGUGUGCUCGUUCGGUGGCGGGAGGUACCGAAAAUUUCCGAAACCCUGCGUGAAUGGGCGAACGCGCAAAAGUUGAGGCCGAUGGGUGCCGAACGGCUGUCGCAGGGGCAGUCGGAUACUCGACCGGUAGAGGAGCUAGUGGGCCGAAGUGCCGGGACGAUGCCAGGCGAGGAGGCACUCGGGAGGCAGGGAGGGCAUGCGAGCGGAGCAGGAGCAGUUCAGUCGCCGCCAUUGCUGGCCCCCCGCGCUCGAAUUCGCGACACUCGUGCGUGGAGCCGAUUUUCCGAUAACCUAAGCUCCCUGCGAGGGCCCCAAGCGCGCCCCCCUGAUGCAGAAAUACUGCACCGAACUCACCGAAAGAUUGUUGAAAUCCCUUGACAAGGAAUACAAUGUUGUCGAUAUGGGAGCUGUUGUGGAUGUCAUCACGGCCCUGGAAAAAACGACGAUUACCAAAGAGGUGCUUGAGAUCACAAGGCUUGGAAAGUAUAUCAAUGAGCUUCGACGUAAAACGAGCAAUGAUGCUCUGGCUAAAAGGGCUAAGGAUUUGGUACGUCGGUGGCGAGAUAUGGUUUUGCCCUCGGCCCACACCACACCGCAGCCCACACCGGCUGAUACCGCACCAGUUGCUCUUAAUGGUGCAAAACCGCAAAGUCCAGCUUUGAGGUGUCUAAAGCCUCAGAGUCCAGCCCUUAGGGGUCUCAAGCCACAGAGCCCUUUAAUAAAGGAUACUACACCAUUGAGGGUGCUGAGUCCGGCUCUAUCGGUGCAUAGUGACCGUUCGCACUCGCCACAUACAACCCCGAAUAAGACGACGAUUAAUGCGACAACUAAUCACAAACCAAACUUUGACGAAUCUCCCAAAUUUGGACCUGCCAUACAGAAUCAUGUGACAGAAGCUGUCCCGCGCACUCACAGUUCAAACAAACGCCUGCGAAAAGGUGAUUCAGAAAAUUUACAUUCAUCCAGGACUCCAGGUGAACCUUUCACAAAGAGGCAGCGUUUAAAUGGAGAAAAUGUGAACAGUAGCUUAAAUUCGCAAGUGCCUAGCCCCCUGUCAAAGGAGCGAAUUCCCGAGAAGUCUGUGGAAUCUAUUGUGGAAUUGGAAGUUCCUAUUGGACCCAAAAAACGAGGUCGAAAAAAGGGAAGCAAGUCUGUAAAAAAACAACAGCUGGUCGAAGAUCAUGUUAAAGAAAAGUUGGCCAGCAUGUCACGAAAUCCAAAACUGAAAACGACCCAAGAAUUAUUAGCUGACCUCCAAGCAAGAGGAUCUAAUUCAAAUUCGAUCGUGACAUCUAGUCAGAAUAAAAAGGAACCACCUAGUACAGAGGAUGUGCUGAGAUCUAGCGAACAUGUUGCCAAGUAUUUGGAAUCGCAAAGCGAUAUCCUGCGAGUAUCAGGCGACAGUGCUUUACAAACACGGCUGAAAUCCAGUGAUAACGACCGUAAGGUAUCAAAGUAUAGAGAUUUUGGUGGCGGCGAUACAAAUUCUAACCUUAAGUCUAGAGAUAGUCCUCCGAGAACUUCAAAAGACCUAACGGUUGAAGAGAUUUUAGCGAAGCUGCCUCCCUUAGAUUUAAGCUCAAUUGUUUGGAGUGAUAAUGAAGAGGAAAAAGAAGAGGAUGUUGGUACAGAGUGCCGGCAGCGUAAGAUAACUCCUGAAGACUUGGAAAUUCUCCACACGCAGCACGUGGAAGGUCUAAAUGGUAACUUUCAGCCAAAGCUAUCAUCCCUAACUUUAAACGUAGAAAAUGAUAAAAACGAAGUGUCAAAUAUGGAUGUAACCGAUAUAGUCGCGAGUGACUUGUCUAACAGUAAAAAGCAAGAAACUCAUAACAAAGGUACAGCCAUGCAGACUAGUGAUAAAUAUGGCAGUCAAAAGGACACAGAGUUUCGAGAGUGGCACGAAUUGCUGGCCCGGUCCAGCUACGAUGACCAGACCCUCCACAUAUUGCCUUACGUUAUAAUUGAUUAGUGAUUUUUAUUGUCUAUUGCCCAUUAAUUAAUCGAUUGGUUGAUUAAAACUAUUUCUAUUAAAUUUAUGAUCAUUGGUUAUUAUUAUUCUUAUUCUUAUUCUUAUUCUUAUUAUUAAUAUUGUUGUUGUUGUUAUUAUUACUACCACUACUAUUACUAUUACUACUAUUAUUAUUAUCAUCAUCAUUAUUAUUUCAUAUUAAUAUUAGCAUUAUUAUUAUUAAUUAGAUGUAUUUUUUGGUUCGAGUAACGAGCUAACCAGUAAUGGAUACAUCUACAAUAGACUUCUGAAGCUCAUUCCAAGAACGAUAGAUGUGUUGUAAUCUACUAUGAAAGUUUAUGUCGAUGUUUUUUUUUCUUCGAACUUGGUACUGUGCUCUGUUUUUUUAUAUGGGUAUUACAUAAAAAUUUUCUCGUUUCCAAAUAGUUCAUGACACAAUAAAAUAUCGUAUUCUAUCUGUGGAAUACAAUUACUUUUUCGCGAUUUGCUAUUCAAAUGGAUGAGCUACAAGAAGUAUUCAAAAUGUAUGUAUUAUCGGCACCGAACCCUCGGAUGUCGCGAACGGAUUGUGAAGGAGCCCGAAGACCUCGUUAAACUUUUUAAUAUUAAGAUUUUUUUGCAUAAAACAUGUAAAUAGUAUAUCAUAGCCCUGAAUGAUAAUUUUAGCAGAAAGUAUCCAAUAUAAAUUAUUAAUUAAAAUAACAAUGGAUUAAUCGUAAUAAAAACAUAACUACGAUAGGUACUUCGAACAAUACAUGACUUGACUCAGCAACCUUAUUCAGUGGCUGUGUAAUGAUAUUCAACUAAGAUAUUUUGUUUCAAGCCCCUAAUAUAAUUUGAUCAUUAGAAACAAGAACCAUUCAUAUCACAUGUGUUCCUUUAAGCAGAAGACUUUAAGCAGAGGAAAAUUGAAGAAAAACAACAAAAUGUUAGUGGCAUAUUAUAAAAUUACUGUGACUCGUAAUUUUCUCUGACCAUAAGACAAACGCAUAGCUGUUACUUCAUAGUUACAAGUUAUUUGUUGUUAUUACUUGGCAUUGUAAAGAAUUCCCAUUUCGUAUUAUUCUUUCCGGUCAUGUAUUGUUCGAUAUAUCGAUCAUAUUUAAAAAGGAAGAUGAUUUAAUGCAGAAAAAAUCCAAGGAGCAAAAUAUUUAGUAAAGUACUGCUAAAUAAUAAAAUAUGUGCCGAGAUUUUGCGCGUGAGAAUGAUUUUAAACGAACGCUAAAGAUAUGCAUGAAUGUUGUGUUGGGUCGAAUGGUAUACAUGUUAAGUCACAGCGAACACCGAGCAAUUUAAAGGCAUCAAAAGAUGAUGUUUCUUUGUCAACGAACUAUCAGUUAUCAUGCUAAUAGAUAAAACAGAAAUAUUUCAAUUACUGGACUCACAUAAAAUUAUAACAGAAUGAACUUUUUUUUCUAUUUCAAAUUAGCAACUCAUGAACUACAUUACAUCUAUCAAAUUUGUAUCCAAACUUUCAGUGUGUAUUGCACAAGCCGGCUUGUCCAAUUUUAUUAUGCUACCUUUCAGUGCGGUCAAUUAUUAAACAUUCUGGAGCGCUAGUGAUAAUCUUUAGAUUUUAACUGAAGGAUUCAUCGAAUUGGCUGGGCCAAUUUGUUGCCACCCGUCAAAAAAUUCCAUUUAUUACCAUGCUCAAGUGCGUUGUUACAAGCCCUCUUUGGCAGUUUGUCUCCACUAUUCAAUAAUAAAUGUUGCAUUUUUCGAUAAGCUGCUCUUAGUUCUUGGUCCUAUGAGACACCACAUCUAAACUGAACAGUACUGCAUAAUAAUUCAUCAACUCGUAUGAUUUCAGGUAAUAAAUAACUUGUAUACCAGGUAAACAGAAAUUGGCUUGGAAAUCGGUUCAACGAAAAAUUCAGUUACUAAAUAUUUUUCAAUAGCAGUCGACUAUACGCGAUUUAGGCAAUUCGAUUGUGCGAUUCAAACUAAUUUUCUCUUAUAGAAAUUGUUUACAAUUAGCAUACAAAUUAUACUUACAUUUUGAUGUUCACGAAUCAUGUGUGCCAAUUAUUAUCUUAUUAUUUUCACCAAAGAAAACUUCGUGUACGAAUGUAUGAGAAAAAAAAACAAAUCACCGAAAUAAAAAUGUUAUAUCGCUGAGUGAUGUUGUCAGAAUAGUACAGUAUUACCAGGUAUGCCUUGAUGAAAGCAUAACUCUUGCGUUUUCUGAAUGAACAAUUUAAACUAACGAAGAACAAUAAAGCUAAUCGAAAUAUAGGACAAAUUGUAAUACCGCAUUGUGUAUCAACAAUAUCGACUUAACGACAAUGCUAAACGUGAAUUGCCGGAGAGAAGAGACUUCUAGUAUUGUUUGACUUGCAAUUUCAUCAUUAUAGAUGUACAGGGCUCCAACAUCUUUGGUGAACUUUGGCUAUCUUGUAGAGAAACAUCGUCUUUAAAAGCCUCAUGAACUAUCAAAAUACACUUACAGACUAUCACUGAGAUAUAUUAAUUAUAAUUGAAUAAAUAUUUUUCAUAUCUGCAAACUAAAACUUUUCGUUCUCUUUGUCAUUUUAUUUUUUUAAAAUAUCGGCUUUUUGAAUGCAUUUCGCUAUUCGGUCUGAUUUGAUAAUGGAAAGAAGUGACCGUAAUAAUUAUUAUCUGAUGUGUUUCGCCGCAAUUUCAUAUACUUCCUUCUGUACGGGAAAGAAAGUUAUGAGCACUUUUUGUUCGAAAAUGGUAUAUUGGUUAAACUUAUCUUGCCACUCUUAACUGUACAAAUAUACAACAAUAUACGUCAUAAUCAAUAAUACUGCAAUAAUUGCGUGCUAUAGCAUUCGUCAAAGACAUAAUGUCUGAUAAAUGUCUGAAAUUGAAAAUUAUUUACAAGGAUUAAUUGCCCACCUUUCAUCUAAUGAUGAGUAUAUUUUGUUGCGUUGAAUAUUUGACGUUACUUCUUUCUAUUUUUGAAUUUUUAAUUUCUCUUGAGCAACAGACUUCCAUGCUUUUGAAUGAUAUUGUCAUUACUUUUUCGUGUUUGCUGUAAUGUAGUGUAUAGGUUUAUAAAAACAAAAAAAAAAAAAAAAGGCAUUCGAUAAUAUUUUGUGAGGAUAUAAUAAAAUAAAUCUAUUGCUAUUAUUAUCUUUUUUGUUAUAGUCUUCCGACAAUAUCGCCAAAGUAAAGAAGUUCAAAGGUUCGUUGUCACAUAAUUAACACAUAUUCCAUGCAUGAAAUAAUGUUGGAAUUGAUUCAAACGUUUAUCACUUCUAUCAAUUGAUUAAUGUUUUUUGUAUUCCUGAAUUCCAUGAAAAAAUGUUUUAUUAUGUACCCAUCGAUUCGAUAGGUAGAAUAGGUAGAAGAAUUUGUUGCCUCUACGAAAACUUGUUUUUGUGUCGAUACACCUGGUUUAUACAGAAAGUACAUAACGUCACUUCUGACCAUUAGAAAAAAUAAAUAAAAAUAAGAAUAAAAAAAAAGACUGAAAAUCAUCUAGCAACAUUAUUACAUAAUGGUUUUUUUUCAUAAUGAUUUCAACCACUGAUAAUAUAUUAGUGAUUCUAAGAUACUGAAAAUGGAACUGGUUUGUUUUCAUCAUACAUUGUCAAUAAACAUAAGCCAUUCUGAUGGAAAUCAGAUUACAGGUCGCUUUUGAAUGAACCUUGUGGCAAUUGAAUAUCUUUAUUUGUAAGUCACAGGCAAGCUAACAAGCGUUGCAACAUAUGAAAUCUCAAAUACGUUGCACGAAUUUUCUAUUUUGCUUGUCGCUGAAGAUAAAUAUUUUGCCAAAGUUUGGAUAAUCAUUAGAUUCCAUACUCGGUCUGAGUCGUUUUUAGAACGAUAAAAAAAAAAAACUAAGCAAUAUGUUGAUCCUCAGAACGUAAGUCCUGUGCCUUUUGUGCCUCUGAAUUAUGUUGAAAUGAUCUGGCACCAAAGAGAUAUGCAAUGACCAAAUUUACCGUCAAGUAAAAUAAAGAAAUUAUACAAACCUGAAAA